CGGGGAGUGACGUCACAAUUAUCAGUCAUUGGUUGAAAAGUUGUCUUCUAACCGGGCUGAUGUAUUUUCUUCCAGCUGUUCGAUUAGCAGCAGCGUUCAGGUUUGCUCUCCUGCGAUACGAAAUGGGUCAUCUGGGCUUCUGAAGUGUCAAACAGAGCUUCGUCAGCCGUUUUGAAAAUUCACAUCUCGUGAGUGAAAUUUUCUGGAAAAUCUUUUGAGGUUACGGACUGUCGGAGCUGUAACAUCCUUGAAAAUAUGGCUGGAAGACAUCAUCAGAUGGAUGGUUUGAAUCAUGUCAUAAAGCAGAUAGGCUAUCAUCCUGAUUACCUCAAGGAGUUCCUAGGCACUCAAAAUUAUCUCCUAAAUGGGGAUGGCCCUCUUCGAUAUGAUUACAGACAUUACAUCGCGAUUAUGGCUGCUGCUAGGCAUCAGUGCACUUGUCUGAUCAACCAUUAUAAGCUGAAGUUUACUUCUGUUGGUGGAAAUCCUCAGUGGCUGAAAGGCUUGCAAUACAUCCCAAAGAAACUCAUGAACCUGAAUGAAAUAAACAAAAUACUCGCUCAUACACCUUGGCGUCUUACUAAAUGCCAUAUUGAGAAGCUAACAAAAGGCAGGGACAAUUGGUCUGUUGGUGAACUUUGCCAGGCUGUAGUGCUUUUGGCUCAUUUUCAUUGCCUUUGCAGUUUUGUCUUUGCUUCCGAAAUAUUGGAACAACCAGAAGAUUGUCAAGAUACUGGAAACAACAAUGUGGCUUCUGAUGAAGAUAGUUUUGAAGAGGUUGCCCAAGAUACUGUAGAAGAGCUGAUGGAGAAAAUGAGUUUGAUACAGAAAAUGGAGAAAGAAUCUUCUUGUGAAGAACAGAAAAAUGGAAAUGCCGUUGAUUUGCCAUCUGCUCUCAACACACAAUUUGAAUGCGAUACUGAAAAGUUUGUUGAUGAUGAUCUUACAUUUACCAGAAGAGCUUUCUCAACUGCGGAUGGUCACAUUUCAGACUUCAUCAUUCAGGAUUGUACUUGGGAUGAUCACGCAUAUUCGCUGUUAAAUCGAUAUUACAAUGAUGUUGGAACAAUUCUGGAUGAAAAGUUCAAGGUUGCUUAUGAUCUCACUUAUUACACUAUGGGCCACAAAGAAAAUGUAGAUACAACUAUAUUUCGUCGAGCUGUGUGGAAUUACAUACACAGAAUUUAUGGAAUAAUCCAUGAUGAUUAUAACUACGCAGAAAUGGAAAAUCUGCUGGACUUUGGUUUUAGGUCUUAUGUUGAAACUGUUUGUUUUAGUCCUGAAACAAUUACAAAGGAUGCCCAUGAUGAAAUAAUGCGAGCUUUUCGACAUUCAGAAAAAGUCCACGUAAAUCUUAUGGUGUUUGAAGCAAGAUUCCAAGCAGAGCUUUUGUACGCUCUUUCAGCUUUGAUGCGAUAUAUGACAUGACACAUCAUUAUAAAGAUGGAUGAAAUGAUGUGUGGUGCCACAUAGCAUAGGAAAAUGACAUUUAGAUCAUUUGUAUUUUUUAUAUUGACUGGAUGUCUGACUACAUAUGCAACUAGGAUGUAAAUAUUUGUUUUCAAUUGAAUAUCUUAAUACGUACUAAAUGAGUCAUUUGUAUUGGUUCCGAUGUUAGUGUUUCAAUUCAUUCCUUAUUUCCGUUUUUGUUUCCUUUCAUCUGGUAUGAAACCCAGAUAAAUGUUUUGAAUUAUUGCGUAUCUACUUCGUUAGUGUAGUUUUCUAAUAAAGUGUAUUUGUCAAAUUUUUUAA